UCCUCAUUGAGUCAUUCAGUCUUUUUUAUUUCUUCCAAAUCGACACCUCAUUCUCCAUUCACAAAUGGCAACCAGCACCACUCCGACCAGCGCCUUCCCUCCGAUGGAGUACCGCCUGCUCGGCCGCUCUGGCCUCAAGGUUUCGCUGCUCUCGCUCGGCUCGUGGGUCUCGUUCAAGACCCAGGUCGAGACUGACGCUGCCUUCGUUCUGAUGAAGGCCGCUUUCGAGCGUGGAUGCAACUUUUUCGACAACGCUGAAGGCUAUGCUGAAGGCGAAAGCGAGCGCAUCAUGGGCGAGGUCAUCAAGCGUGGUGAGGCCGAAAAGGUCUGGACGCGCCCCGAGCUCGUUGUCAGCACCAAGAUCUACUUUGGCAAGAACGCCCCGAACUCGCGGGGUCUCAGCCGCAAGCACAUUGUCGAGGGCACUGUGGCUGCGCUCAAGCGUAUGCAGUUGGACUAUGUGGACCUGAUCUUUGCCCACCGUCCCGACCCGAUCACGCCCAUGGAGGAAGUCGUUCGCGCCUUCAACCACCUCAUUGACCGCGGUCUGGCCUUCUACUGGGGCACUUCCGAGUGGUCGGCUGCUCAAAUCGAGCAGGCUAUUGGCAUUGCCGAUCGCCUUGGUCUGAUCCGUCCUCUGAUGGAGCAGCCCGAGUACAACAUCUUUGCCCGCGAGCGCGUCGAGCACGAGUACAGCAACCUGUACCGCGAUUACGGUCUUGGCACCACCAUCUGGUCGCCUCUCGCUUCCGGCAUUCUCACGGGCAAGUACAGCCAAGGCAAGUUCCCCGAGGGCUCUCGCCUGAGCCUGGAAUCGCUCGCGUGGCUGAAGGAUCGCAAGCUUGCCGCCGAAAACAAGUGGCAGUUCGAGGCUGCCGACAAGUUGCUGCCGAUUGCAGAGGAGCUCGGCUGCUCGCUCGCCCAGCUGUCGAUUGCUUGGUGCGCAAAGAACCCGCACGUCAGCACCGUCAUUCUUGGCGCCACCUCGCUGAAGCAGCUGGAGGAGAACUUCAAGGCGCUCGAGGUUGUCCCCAAGAUCACGCCCGAGCUUAUCAAGCGCAUUGACGAGAUUAUCGGCAACAAGCCCAAGCUGACUGCUGUGGAAGCGCAGGUGCGUAACCUCCUCAACGUCGACGCUCUCGGCCCCAAGUAAAAUCGCAAAAUGCUGCAAAGCCGCCGUUUUCAAAAACCAGAGAGCGAAAAUCAGAACGUGAUUGAACAAUCGUUACUUGCGCUCGCGCGUGCUGUUCUUUUGAUGAAAAAUGGUGUACCGUCUGUUUGAUAAUGAACAACACUUUGCUCUCCUGCAUA